CUUCGUCAUCAGGAAAUCUUGUUGCUUCAACUCAAGCAUGAGCUGAUCUUCAAUUCUUCUCUUUCAACAAAGCUGGUGCGAUGGAAUGGAAGUGUUGAGUGUUGCUUGUGGCAUGGUGUGGAAUGUGAUGCUUCUGGCUACGUCGUGAGUUUGCAGCUCAAUGAUGAGGCCAUUUCUGGUGGGAUUGGGGAUUCGUCGAGUCACUUCAGAUUUAAAUAUCUGCAGAAGCUUAACCUUGCCUACAAUGACUUCAACUACACUCAUCCCAUUCCAAGAGGAAAUCCUAUUGCUUCAGCUCAAGCAUGAGUUGAUCUUCAACUCUUCUCUUUCGGCAAAACUGGUGCGAUGGAAUGAAAGUGGCGAGUGCUGCAAGUUGCACGGUGUGGAAUGUGAUGCGUCUGGCUACGUCGUUAGUUUGCAACUCGAUGGUGAGGCCAUUUCUGGUGGAAUUGGGGAUUCGCCGAGUCUCUUCAAAUUUAAAUAUUUGCAGAAGCUUAACCUCUCCUACAAUGACAUCCACUUGACUCUUCCCAUUCCAAAAGGUAUCGGCAAUCUGACCUAUUUCACACACUUGAAUUUGUCAGAUGCUGGUUUUAGUAGACAGGUACUGUAA